GAGAAAAAAACACAAAAAAGCAGGUCUCAACAUUUUCCAUUGAACCUGAGCUAGGGUUUCAGCCGGCCUUUUUCAUUUUCAUUAGGCCAGUGCAAGGGUUUCAGAAGCUGAGACCCGCAAUGAACGAUAAAAGCAGGAGCUUUGGCCGAAGGCCAGGUGAUAACAGAGAUGGCAGAAAUCGAGGAGGUAGGGCACAGAAACUUGCGAGAUCCAAGCUUUUUCGAAGCACUGAAGAAGAGCUAGAGGGAAAAUUAGGGUUUGAGUUGUUCACAGAAGGAGAGCCUAGGCUUGGAUGGCUUCUGACCUUUGCAUCUUCCUCGUGGGAAGAUCAAGACUCUAACAGGGUUUUUAGUUGCGUAGACCUUUAUUUUGUUUCUCAGGAUGGAUCUAUGUUCAAAUCUAAAUACAAAUUUUCUCCAUAUUUUUAUGCUGCUACAAAGGAAAAUAUGCAAUUGGAAGUUGAAGCAUUUCUCAGACGUCGCUAUGAAGGACAAAUUGCUGACAUAGAAAUAGUUGACAAGGAAGAUCUAAGCUUGAAAAACCAUCUAUCAGGCUUGCGUAAAUUGUACUUGAAAAUUUGCUUCGAUACUGUACAACAAUUAAUGCAUGUGAAGAAUGAUUUAGUGCACAUCGUUGAAAGGAAUAAGAAAAAGCUUGAUGCUGCAGAGGCUUAUGCAUCUAUCUUCAACGAAAAAAGUGAGCAAAAGAUACAUGAUUAUUUAGAUUGCAUCAUUGACCUUCGAGAAUAUGAUGUUCCCUAUCACGUUCGAUUCACCAUUGACAAUGAUAUCAGAUGUGGGCAGUGGUACAAUGUUUAUUUGUCUUCUACUGGUGUUACACUGGAGAAGUCAGAGCUAUUAAAUCGUGCUGAAGUUCGCGUUUGUGCAUUUGAUAUUGAGACAACAAAGCUUCCAUUAAAGUUUCCAGAUGCCGAAUACGACGAGAUAAUGAUGAUUUCAUACAUGGUUGAUGGACGUGGGUAUCUAAUCAUCAAUAGAGAGUGUGUUUCAGAGGAUAUUGAGGAUUUAGAAUACACUCCCAAACCAGAAUUUGAAGGACGUUUCAAAGUUAAAAAUGUAAAAAAUGAGGAAGAGCUCCUUUCUCAGUGGUUCACUCAUAUGCGAGAACUAAAACCUGGUAUUUAUGUGACCUACAAUGGUGAUUUCUUUGAUUGGCCGUUUUUGGAAAGCAGAGCAACUCGUCAUGGUAUUAGUAUGAACAAUGAGAUUGGAUUCCGGUGUGAUAGUAAUCAAGGAGAGUGUCGUGCCAGGUUUGCAUGCCAUUUGGAUUGUUUUGCAUGGGUGAAACGAGACAGUUACCUCCCUCAGGGAAGUCAAGGCUUAAAGGCUGUCACUAAGGCCAAGUUGGGCUAUGAUCCCCUUGAGGUGAAUCCCGAGGAUAUGGUUCGCUUCGCUAAGGAACAACCCCAGACAAUGGCCUCUUAUUCUGUCUCAGAUGCUGUCUCAACUUACUAUCUCUACAUGACAUAUGUCCAUCCCUUCAUUUUUUCACUUGCAACUAUCAUACCUAUGCCACCUGAUGAGGUAUUGCGUAAAGGAAGUGGCACACUUUGUGAAAUGCUUCUAAUGGUUCAGGCUUAUAAGGCGAAUGUCAUCUGUCCAAAUAAGCACCAAGAGGAGCCUGAGAAGUUCUAUAACAGUCGACUUCUGGAGAGUGAAACCUACAUUGGUGGGCAUGUUGAGUGCCUGGAAAGUGGAGUUUUCAGGUCUGACCUUCCCACAAAAUUUCGGCUCGACUCAUCUGCAUAUGAGCAAUUGAUCUCCAACCUAGAUCGAGAUCUCCAGCAUGCUAUAAAAGUUGAAGGCAAGAUGGAUUUGGAUUCAAUAUCCAAUUAUGAUGAUGUGAAGAAUGCUAUCAUGGAAAAGCUUGUAAAUUUGCGUGAUGAAUCAGUGCGAGAAGAGAGCCCGCUUAUUUAUCAUUUAGAUGUUGCAGCAAUGUAUCCAAAUAUUAUUUUAACCAAUAGGCUUCAGCCACCAUCAAUAGUCACGGAUGAGGUCUGCACAGCUUGUGAUUUCAAUCGUCCUGGGAAAACUUGCCUUCGAAACCUUGAAUGGGUUUGGCGUGGAGAGACCUUCAUGGCAAAGAGAAGUGAAUAUUAUCAUCUGAAGCAGCAAAUGGAAUCAGAGCUGGUAGAUGAUGGAGAUGGUCAGUCAAUGAAGUCUUUUUGUGACCUCCCUAAAGCAGAGCAACAGUCAAAGUUCAGGGAGCGUUUAAAGAAAUACUGUCAGAAAGUAUACAAAAGGGUGAUUGAUAAGCCAGCUACUGAGCUCCGGGAAGCAGGUAUAUGCAUGCGAGAGAAUUCUUUCUAUGUUGAUACUGUACGCAGUUUCCGAGACAGAAGGUAUGAAUACAAAGAUCGGAAUAAGGUGUGGAAAGGGAAGUUAGCUGAGGCAAAGGCCAGUGGAAAUCCCAUGAAAAUCCAGGAAGCUCAGGAUAUGGUGGUUCUUUUUGACUCUCUACAGUUGGCUCACAAGUGUAUCCUAAACUCCUUUUAUGGAUAUGUCAUGCGCAAGGGAGCAAGAUGGUAUUCGAUGGAAAUGGCUGGAGUAGUCACAUAUACUGGUGCAAAGAUCAUCCAAAAUGCUCGCUUGCUUGUUGAAAGGAUUGGUAGGCCUUUGGAACUAGACACUGAUGGCAUUUGGUGUGCUCUUCCUGGAUCGUUCCCAGAGAAUUUUACAUUUAAAACGAAAGAUUUGAAGAGAAAGCUGACAAUUUCGUAUCCCUGUGUUAUGCUCAAUGCUGAUGUCGCACGAAACAACACUAAUGAUCAAUAUCAGACACUUACAGAUCCUGUUAGUAAGACAUACACAACUCAUAGCGAAUGUUCGAUAAUGUUUGAAGUUGAUGGGCCAUAUAAGGCAAUGAUUUUACCGGCUUCCAAAGAAGAAGGUGUUUUAAUUAAAAAGCGUUAUGCUGUAUUCAAUGAUGAUGGAACAUUGGCGGAGCUUAAAGGUUUUGAGAUUAAACGCCGUGGUGAAUUGAAGCUCAUUAAAGUUUUCCAGGCUGAGGUUUUUGAUAAGUUCCUGCAUGGAACAACCUUGGAUGAGUGCUAUGCAGCAGUAGCAUCUGUGGCCAACCGUUGGCUGGAUCUUCUGGAUAAUCAAGGAAUAGAUAUUGCGGAUAGCGAGUUACUUGAUUACAUAUCAGAGUCGAGCACUAUGAGCAAAUCUUUGGCAGACUAUGGGGAGCAGAAGUCAUGUGCUGUGACCACUGCUAGACGGCUUGCUGACUUUCUUGGAGAUGCGAUGGUCAAAGACAAGGGGCUGCGUUGCCAAUAUAUUGUUUCUUGUGAACCUAGAGGAACUCCAGUAAGUGAGCGAGCUCUCCCAGUGGCUAUUUUUGAGGAUCCUGAGCACAUGAAAUUUUUUGUGAGGAAAUGGUGCAAGAUCUCAUCUGAUGUGGGUAUCAGGUCGAUUGUUGAUUGGUCCUACUAUAGGCAACGUCUUAGUUCAGCUAUUCAAAAAAUCAUCACUAUUCCUGCAGCCAUGCAAAAGGUUGCUAACCCUGUCUCAAGAGUCAUGCAUCCUGAUUGGUUGCACAGAAAGGUUCGUGAAAAGGAAGAUAGGUUUCGCCAGAAGAGCAUACGCGAUAUCUUCAACACAGUUAACAGAGACGCAAACCUGCAGAAAAGUCAUUCUACCAAUGAGGCUGUUAUGGAUAUGGAAGAUAUUGGGAAUAAGGAAAACAUUGCCAUCCAAGGGCUUCACCCCAUAGUUCGUUGUUAUCAAAACAAUGUUGGAAACUCUCCUGGAGAACUUUUUAAUUCUGAUAACGUGCUGCAACAAUCCGAUAUGCAAAGGCAGCAUCAAGCUCUAGUUGGUUUGAAUCAAAAUUCAUCAUUAGCUGAAAGCAUUCAUUGGAGUGUUGAUUAUGAAGGAUGGCUUGCAUCAAAAAAAAGAAAAUGGAAAGAUGUUCGAGAGGAACGGAAGAAGCAGAGGCUCGGGAAUCCUUUAAAGCAGUUGCAUCCCACAACUGGCUCUCGUGAAUUAGCUUUUGGGACUAAAAAUCGAAAUUCUGAGCUGGGGAGAAACAGUGUUGGUUCUUUCUUCAGGAGUCGUGAGCUAGCUCUUUUACAUUCCUACUGGCAGAUAAUACAGCUUGUUUCAAGCCCUCAACUCGGGCAGUUCUUUGCAUGGGUGGUGGUGGAAGGUGUCAUGCUUAAGGUUCCAAUUAAAGUUCCUAGAGCAUUUUAUCUCAACACUAGAGCUUCUAUCACAGAAGGCUUUCCAGGAAAUCGUGUAACUUUAACUCUUCCUCAUGGAAGACCUAGCUUCAACCUUAUUGAGGUGAAAGUUGAUGAGUAUCAAUUCAAGGCUGUUGCCAGGAAGCUUGCAGCUCACUUGGCAGAUCCAGAAGUUGAGGGAAUAUAUGAAACAAAGAUGCCACUAGAAUAUAGCGCCAUCCUUCAGAUUGGCUGUGUAUGCAAGGUUGAUAAAACUGCUCAAAACAGGAGCAUUCAAGAUGGUUGGCGUCUUGAUGAAUUGCAUAUGAAGACUACUACAGAGUGCCCUUAUCUGGAGCAGCCCAUUUCUUUCUUUUAUUUGUAUCACAGCAUGUCUGAAGCAAGGGCUAUGUAUGUUGUAUAUACCCCUGCUUCAAGCAAUAUACAUGUCGUGGUUGUGAACCCUUUCCAAAACAAAGAGUUGUCUUCAAAUCUGCUUGAAAAGCAAUUUCGUGAAGCAUGUCAAGUACUAUCAUGUGAACCUUCAUUACCUGGGAGCAGUGUCAUAAUCAAGGUUGACUAUGUGGGUAAUGCAAAAGAUGCAGAAAGGCUUCUGCAAGGAGCUUUAACUGAGUUCAGGCAUGAACAUCCUAGGCCUACUGUUGGUGUUAUAGAGUGUCCAAAUAUGCAGACAUUAGAGUCACACUUACCAGUUUUGGAUGAUUUCCCUUGUGUCACCAUUCCAUGUAAUGCUCGUGACAACCAGUACCAGGCUCUUGGAUGGCAGAUUAUAGCUGCUAAAAUAGGUAUGCAGCGAUGUGCUGCAUCAUCCCAAUGGUUGAAAGAGAGAAUAGCGCUUGCUAAAUAUGCACAUAUACCUUUAGCGAAUUUUGAACUUGAUUGGCUACUUCAUACCGCUGAUGUAUUCUUUUCUAGAGCCUUGCACGAUCAGCAACAGGUGCUGUGGAUAUCUGAUGAUGGCAUCCCUGAUCUUGGAGGAAUUCAUGAAGACGAUUCAUGCUUUUUGGAUGAAGUGAGUAGCUAUAAUAAAUUUUAUCUAGGUUCGAGCACAUUGGUUACGUUAGCUAUUCUGCAGAUCAAUCUACAGGUCUUCCUUUUACCUGUCAUGCGGAAGGUGUUUGCACUAUUAUUGGCUGAAUUCCGCAAGUUAGGUGCUUCCAUCAUCUAUGCAGAUUUCUCUAAGGUUAUCAUAGAUACUGGAAAACUAGAUUUAUCAUCAGCCCAAGGUUACUGUGAUUGCCUAUUGAAAGCAUUGCAGUCCAGAGAUCUUUUUGAAUGGAUUGUGCUUGAACCUCUGCGCUUUUGGCACUCAUUGCUCUUUAUGGAUCAGUACAACUAUGGUGGGAUUCAGGCAAAAGUUCCCAACGGAAUUCCCGAGGAUGUGUCUAGUACACCUAACCUAAAUGCGGAUUAUGGGAGUCAACUAGAUAUCAUUUCAAGUUGGAAUAUAGCUGAAUACUUACCUAAGGCAACUCAGGAUUACUUCAUCCUGAUUGUCUCUGAGUUCAUCUAUGAGCCAUGGAAGGAGCAAGCUGCAAUUAGAGCAGCCUCGAGGAAUGGUAGUUUCUGUACUCCAUCAGUUACACUUUCAGCCACUGAAACUUACGAAACCCAGGUCACUGAAUUUCUCAAAAAAAAGAUUAGCUCUUAUUUCUUAAGAAAGGUUCUUGGAUUCAUUCAUGAUAUUAAUCGCCACAUCAAGGGAAAGAAAGAUAUCAUAGACGAAUCCAUAUCUCAUGGAUUUCCACCGCUUGCUGGUUCUCACAUUCAUAUAGGGGAUCCUGCAUUAGAAUUUAUCAAGCAUGUCUGCAAGGUUCUUGCCCUUGAUCAGCACGUCCAGCAUGACGUUCUGGUGAUGAAGAAAAAUCUGUUAAAAUUGAUAAGAGUGAAAGAGUUUGCUCCAGAAGCGCAAUAUCGUGAUCCAUGCUUGUCGUUCACACUGCCCAAUGUGAUUUGCAGCUACUGUAACGACUGUCGGGACCUUGAUAUAUGCCGUGAUGCGAUGCUUCUUGAUAGAGACUGGCGCUGUGCAGUGCCCCAGUGUGGGCAACCCUACAACCGUGAAGAGAUAGAGAAUACCCUCAUUCAAAUAGUGAGGCAAAGGGAACAUCUCUAUCAUUUACAAGACCUCGUAUGCGUAAGGUGCCGUGGAGUCAAGGGUGCCCAUUUAGCUGAACAAUGUGAGUGUGGAGGAUUUUUCCGAUGCUUUGAAGAUGCUACAGAGUUCAAGGCUAAAAUGCAGGUGUUCCUUAACAUAGCAAUGUAUCAUCAGUUCCCUAUCCUUGGGGAGUUUGUAUCUUGGAUUAUGGAAAUCGGAUGAGUCCCCAAUACCUUCCACUUUUUUCAAUUCUUUUAGAUUGAAUUUGUGCAUGUGUUAUAUAUGAAAUUUGUAUUUGUAAAUUAAUAGAAGUGUAAAAGCUUGUGCCUUU